GAUUUCUCGUCACCCCGACAAUCACGUGGGAAGCAACGUAAAUCGUAUCGCGUUGAGGACGAAUACUCAUUUCUUGACGAAGAAAAUGGAUCCGCAGCAUCUGGUAACCAAUCGCCAGCCUUCCAGGAUGACGAUGAAGAAGACGAAGACGACUUUAUGCCGGACGCUCAGGAAGAGGAAGCGGAAGACGACUUUGAGGAUGAAGAAGAGGAGGGCGACGAAGAUGAUGAUGCAGAAGAAGAUGAGGAAGAUUCAGACGAUAGCCUCGUGACGCCCAAACGCGGUGCUCGCGGGCCAAAAGCUACGCCCGUCAAGCCGCCCACCACGCCACUUGUCCAGCGCAACAAGCCGUCUACAGAACAUGUGCCUUCGCCUAUCACGUUUGCCAAAGGCAGUGGUAUCAAAGUGCGCAAUGUAGAUGUCGAGAACAAACUGCGAACACGCGGCGUGCCUGAUUUCGACAAGAUUGGAGGUCAUGAGCCGCGAUUGAAAAACUUGUUCGGGCCGGAUGGCCAGCAUCUUCGACCCGUGCUGGCCUCUCGCGAUUACUGGGGUUCUCAGGAGACAUUUCCAAUUAAAAAGCCUGGACGAGUUGACUCUAGUCAGCCUGAGUUGGGGGGCUUGAGGCGAAGUUUCUUUGAAAAGGAGGGUACCAGAGAGAAAGAAAAUGAGGUGCUGAAGCAGUGGUAUAGGCAUACGGGAAAGACAGUUUUUGAGGCUAUACAGGCUACCAGGGAGUUGUCAGAGGGUGAAGCUAACGAGUACAUGCAGAAUGACGGACCAGAGAGUCUGAAUGUACUCACUGGACCUGUCGAUAGCCCCCAGGUUACCGCUCUUAGAAAAGGCACUUAUAUGCAUGUUGGACAGUCCUUUCCAGACAGGGAUAGUAGAAGAGGCUGGCUGUUCAACUUUGGAUCCAGGAUACAAGACGCUCAAUGGGUCACCAAGGAAGAUAGUCGAACCCAAUAUGUCGCUGUCGCUGUCGAACAGCAGCCCAUGGAUGGAAACCGACCCAAACCAAUGGAGAUACCAAAAGCGCCUGCUUUUAGUGCUACGGAGCAGUUUCCAGCCUCCAUUCAGAUCUGGGCAUUCGAAGCUACCGAAGACGGAGAACUGGAUACUUCAAAAGAGCCUAGACUUGAACUUGUCAUCUGCGCCAACUGGGGUGCACCUAAACAGCUUCGAUGGUGUCCAGUCGCUACUACAGACACAAAAGGAGAUUCUGAUGAUAAAAACGAAACGCACAUCGGCAUGCUGGCAGUCAUCUGGUCAGACGGACGAGUCCGCAUCCUAGACCUAUGCGCCCCGAAGCGUCAAGCCGGAGAAGCCCAACCCACAUACCUCCACUUCUCUCGCACAGCCUUCGAAAUCUCAAUCCCUCAAACCAUCCCCUCCUGUCUGCAAUGGCUCUCAGGAACCACCCUGGCCGUUGCCACAGCCGCCGGCACCGUAGCCAUCUGGACCCUAACCCGCCCAGGCACCCUCUCACCAACCACCCAACCGCACAACCCGCGUCCCUGGUUCUACCACCAACUAGCCGACACCUUCAUCCUAACCAUUUCCUCCGCCUGGCCCUCAAAUCCCCAAUACCUCUCCAUCAGCACCGCCGACGGCUUCGCCCGCCUCUUCGACCUACGCAGCCCCACCGCCGACACCACGGCCUCCAUCCGCGGCCGCACGCUAUGCCUCACGCAAGCCUGGCACGAGCAUACACAGUCCUUCGUCAUGCCCGACGAACACUACAUCCUGCGGCACACUCCGCUCCGCCGUUACUACCAUAAUCUGUACAGCAUGCGACUGGACAAUAGCAUUACGCGCGUGGCUACGAGCCCGGUGCACCCAGGCGUCCUGGUCGGCGGCACCGACGGCGACGUGCAGACAAGUAAUCCCGUGAUGCGGAUUGCGAAUUACAAGGUUGUGCCGUGGCAGCAGAAAUGGUUUGUGCAUGAGUGGAGAGGCGAAGUCACAAAGUCAACGGCCAAACCUGUCACUACGGCCAACACUCCCAAAGAACGAUCUGGGGAAGGAGAAAAAGAAGAAGAAGAAGACAAUACUAGUAUGGCGACGCCGGCAGUGGUGGUGCCAGAAGACAUUCUCAAACAGCCUCUUGUACGCGUGUCAGAGGGUUACAAGGCGGUGCAACAGGGUAUUGCGAGUAGCGCAGUGUCGAAGAGGAAAGGGAACCCAGAGAUUGGGCGGUCGAUUAGUAUUUUUGAGGAGAGGUCCGCGGUUACGGCUCUGGCGUGGAAUCCGAAUUUGAGAUAUGGGACAUGGGCGGUUGCGGGUAUGGGGUCGGGGUUGUUGAGGGUGGAGGAUGUGGGGAUUGUGGAGAAGAAGAAGUAG